AUGAAGCGAAAUUGUCAAAAGAGCUGUAAAUUUUGUGGAGGCGGUGGCGGAGGAGGCGGAGGAGACGGAGGAGGUGACGGUGGAAAUGGUACGUUGCAAAUGAUGUUGUAAAAAAGCUGUAUUAACAUCUUGUAAUCUUGAAAAAUUUAGACCUUUCUCACUGUUAUAAUCCCACCCAGUCUACCUCAUCAUCCCUUUCUUUCUUUCUGGUUUAUAGUUAUGCUUGUGCAUCGAUAUCAACCAAAAAACUUUUUAGAGAGAGAGAGAGAGGAAUUACUCAGCUAAAAUUUUCAUAAGUGCCUAAUUCGCCUCAUGGUGAUGAUUAGCCAUCGUCAAGGACGCAAAAGAGGAAAAAAAUCGUCUCUUAGGCCCUUUCAGGGGCUUAAGUUGCUCAGUGCUGAAUCCCUAAUUGCCUAGCCUAACAAUCUUCCCAUGACUACUCAUCGUCAUUGGAUUUAUUCGCAAACAGUUUAAUCUGUCUAACGUUGGAGCGGAUGGCGUUGAUGAGUCAUUCUCAACCUGCCCAGGCGUUGUAUUUUACCUCAUCGGUUUUUCACUCUUUAUUAAUUAAGGUUUUUCAUUCUUUAUUAAUUAAGGUUUUUCAUUCUAAUAUCUGUUUUAUCUUUGCGUGAUCCUAUAAAUUGAUUUUCGUUUCUGCAUAAAAUGUCAACCACCAAAUUUGUUAGCAUCAUUACUGAUUUACUGAAUAGAAAAAGAGAUAUUAUAUUUUGCAUUAAGCCUUAAUCAGCUACUUACUGUUUGCCAUCUUUAUAUUCCCUGUCCAGGACAAUGCGGAUACAAGCCAAGUGGACGAAUUGUCGGUGGUAGCGAGGCCCCAAGAGGAGCUUGGCCGUGGCAAGCCCAGGUCAGGUCGAGUAACGGUUUUACAUUUUGUGGAGGAACCUUAGUACAUGCCCGCUGGAUUGUUACUGCUGCUCACUGUGUCCCGAAUAAACCUCCUUCGAGCAUUCGAGUAAGGUAAUAUGAUUGGAAGACAUGUGUGAUCAGAAGUUUGUUUUCUUUGAGAUUAAACUAAACCAAACUAAGUCUUAAUUAAACAGAUCUUGACAUUAGAAAGGAAGGAGAAAUGUAACAUGAAAAAAUAUAUUACUAGUUCCAUCGUCUUACAUUUUUAGGCUUGGUGCUCACUAUCGCAGCCGCAAAACAGGGAGCGAACAGGACUUCGAAGUGGAACGAAUCAUCUCCCAUCCUAGAUAUAAACGACCUUAUGGUAUGGCUCACGACAUUGCUAUGUUGAAACUGCGCAGGCCAGCUCAGAUUAACAGAAAUGUGAACCUGGCCUGCUUGCCUGGGUCGAGUGGUGAAGCCCAAGUUGGAAAGACAUGCUGGGUAACAGGUAAUAAGGCUCAGAGGCCUAGUCUCCCAUUUCCUCCAUAGCUUAUACCAGUUUCCAUGCAAGAGUAUUUUCAUUCCUUCCAGACUGGAUAUUUUUUCAAAUGUAGGAAUACACCGCCUUCUCACCCCACCCCUUUUACCCAUUCCCGCACCGCUUUUCACCAAAAUACUGUCAUUUGAGAGGUUUCUCUGCCCGUUUGUUGGUUUUCAAGGGGUAGAGAGCGGCACAGUGAGAAAAUACUUUAAAAUAUUUUAUCCCAUGGCACAACACAGUGGGACGGACUUUUCUUUUUAAGAGAAGAAGCACUCCUAUCAGAGCUCUUUUGUGGUUCGCCUUCCUUCACAAGCACCUGUUUAAGAGGAAUAUACAUCCCCUUAUUUCCCCUCACCGGCCAGUCAUCGAUGUCGGUGGUUCCUUUGAAAACCAUAACUGAUAGAAUUAGUAUGGUGUCGCGUGCUCACUGGAGGCCGCACGACAUUUUAAGCGAGUAUAACUAAACCAGCAACUGUAAAAGGUGCACAUAACAAAAAUAGUCUACGAAAAACGGAUCCUAGGGUGAGGACCAACGAACAUCCAUAAGAUCCAACGCGCUCUUUGCGGUAAAAUGUGGGGGGGAAAAUCCCAGCCCAAUGGAAAGAACUCUCCCUACCUUCCGGGCGCUGUUUUAAAAUACAAAACGUGUUACCUGAGUUCUUAAAGAUUGUGACACUUAUAAACGAGAUUUUAAAUUGUCUUUGACAUGGCCAUCCUUAGCGUUUUCGCUAGCUCAACGAAGGUGUCGCUUAAAGAGCCGAUCAGGAACUCCAGCAUUAGCUGCAGUGGGGGCUCCUAAAUUUACACAGUUUUUCAAUUCCAAGAGAUAUCUUCAUUAUUUAUUAUUUAUUUUACAUAAUAAAAAGUACCACCAGUUCUAUUUUGUGCUUAAUGAGGAUCUCGAAAGAUGGAGCCCUUUCUUUCGUUCUGCUUUACGUGUCCUCUCUUCAAAAAUAUGAUUGGAUGCGUAAAAAAAACCUUUUUUUAUCUUUCACAUUUCAGGGUACGGAACACUCUCUUCAGGUGGUUCACUGGCAGACAGGCUAAUGCAAGUUGACGUGCCAAUUGUCUCACAGUCCCAGUGCAAACAAGGUUACGGCUCAUCAAUUCACGAAUCCAUGGUCUGCGCUGGAUUCCGGCAGGGAGGCAAAGACUCGUGCCAAGGAGAUUCAGGAGGGCCGUUGGUGUGUGAAAUGAGUGGAAAGUACUACUUGGAAGGGGUGGUGUCCUGGGGACACGGAUGUGCUGCGCGUGGGAAAUACGGCGUGUACGCAAGGGUCCGUUACUUGAGGCAAUGGAUUGAUGAUACCAUGGGUAGAUACUGAGAAAUGGUGUCGUUAAAUUAUAAUCAGUCAAAAAAAUAAAGUAAAAGUAUGCUACAAUGUUUGUCUAUUAUUUAGGAAUUUUAGAGUUCUGGGUGGUUCAUUCAUGACAAAUGAACGUACAAUAGUCAGCCCUUUGAGUCCUGCGAUCGACUGCGGAUACUAAUGAAGAAAUUGGGGUAUGUCCAAGGAAAACUAAAGGACAGGGUCAUUGAAAGAGAAUUAGAGAGAAUGCUUUUGUUUGGCAACGACGUGAAAAAAAAAAUAUUGCAAAAUUUCUGUAAACUCCCUAAAUGGCUUCCUCUCUUGUCUUCUCUUGAUAAUGAGACAGAAAUCUUCAAAGAAGUCCAAUAUAACUCGCAAAACCUUGACGUUUGAACGGGUAAAACCCCCUUGAUCUUCCAUUCUCUACCUCAACUGUGACGUUUUUUAAGAGAAAGAGUUUUUUUCGAAAGUGAAUGUUUACCAGCUGAAUAAAUUGAUAGCCAACUCGUCUCAAAGCAUUAGCGUUCAAACUUUAGACCCACCUGAUACCUUUUGUCCACGAAUUGACACCCUGUUUGAAUUCUACAAAAAUGGCUCUUAAGAUGAAGCCAAAAAGUGUUGAUACGAGGAAUCACUGAGCUCAACGUUUCUUAUAAAAAGUUUACACACAGUUGUAUAACCAUGAACCGAUAGCCGCUGGAUAAGAGGAUACGUAAAAUACAAAUUGUUCGCUCGGAAUUAAAAGUUUUCUUAAUUCCUUAUAAACCAGCCUAUUUCCAAGCAAAGACUGUUGUUUCACCUGAUAUGACUAAUUUUUAAAACAUUUCAAAAAACGCGAGAGGAAAAAAUUAAAGUUUUUGUGCUGCCCCUUUGAUUUCUGAAAGCGUCUCGACAAAUUGUUUAUUCCCCACUGGCGUCUAUUUACUCCUUUUAUAAAUAAAAAGCCUUGUUGGAUACUCAGGUUUGCCAUCUGGCUAUGGCCAAAAGGCAGGUAUAAAAUCAAACUAUGCUGAAACUAUUGAAAUCAUUUUUUUUAGCUUUAUAUCUUUUGUCAAAGAUUGGACAGAUUCUUUGAAUUAUACAAACUAUCGUUGAGACGUGAAAUCAUUGAGUCCGAAUUUCCGAUGAAAUUGCUAUGCACAGCUGUAUAACUUUUAUUUAAAAGUCAUAAAAUAAAAGGAUAUGCACUUGGCUACGUAUAUUCAGAAUAUCACCGGCAAGAUGUUGUUUUUCGUCAGCUUGGUGGUGUGUCUUUUAACACCAUCACUUAUAAAAGGUGAGCUUUUCGCUACUUUUGUCUAUCUGUAAUAAUCUUCCAAACCAUCGGGCGUCCUUUUAAGCUUAUUAUUUGGAAGGUGAAAUAUGGAAACGGUCUUGGUUAGUGUUUUUCUUAAGCGACACAUAAAAAGUAUGACAUAAUGUGAGACUCAUGCGAUUUUUUCCUUAGGUCAAUAGGAAAAACAGUACUGACCACUUGAAAUUUCUUGAAAAGUAAGAAUAUUACAUUUUGCUCCCCUAAAGCUUAUCUCAUCGGUCAGAGUCAAAAUAUUAGCCUGAGUUUGAGAUAAGUGAGAUAAAGUUGGAUUCCUACCAGAAAAUCCAAAACAAAAUAUUUUAAAUGCUCUUCCGAUGAAAAGGACAAAGGAACUGCAGCACAGUGCAUGCACCAUACGUUUGCAAUCGGCAGUGAGGUUUUGACUGAUUUAUAUCUAUAAAAGAGACAUACGAUUGCCCCUUUUUACUCUGCGCUCUUUUCACUUUGUCUCAUGAACUUUCUUGCCUCAGCGAAUCAGUGGUUUCCAUAAGAACUAUGAAGUUCAAUCCCACCGCCUCUCAAGCAUCGAGGCUACCUUCACUUAAUAAGAAAAUGAAUUGAUACAUUUUGAUUCUCCAUUCCCUAGCUUGCUGAAAUAAGCCAUUUGGGUCCCGUAUAGUCGGAGGCGAAGAAGCAAAGCCGAAUUCUUGGCCUUGGCAAGCGUCACUCCGGUACUAUGGGCGCCACAUUUGUGGUGCUUCCCUUCUGAACGAGAACUGGGUGCUAUCAGCAGCCCAUUGCGUUGAUCAAAGUAGUGACCCUAAUCGUUACUCAGUAGCUUUAGGUAAAGUGAAGUUCUUUUUUAAGUAGUUAAUGAAGAACUUCCGUUUUCCUUUUUUUUUUAAAGUUCUUAUCUUUUGAAGCGAAGAGAGGCAAUGGACUAUCUUCCUUUGUUUUAAUUACAAUCCGUUUUUGGUUUGUUUUGUUUUUUUUCUUGCUAGGUUUUCGUACAGCAAAGCAUAGAUUUUAAACGUAAAGAAGAGCCCCUUAAGGGGUCGAAAUGCAAAAGAUUAACUGGUCCACUAUGAUAACGUAGAUUUUAAGCUAAUGAAACAGAUUUUGAGCUAAUAAAACAGACCUACAAAUACCAGUGUUAACACACGAUCUCUAACUCAUUCCUUACGGCAUUUUUACCUCUAUCAGGGGCUCAUAGCAGAACUGGUGACGGACAAGUGUUUAAAGUUUCUAGAGUGAUCAAACAUCCAUCUUUCAGCAUGCAUUAUCUACGACGUGACGUAGCAGUGCUGAAACUGGCGGCCCAUGUAAGCCUCAAUGGCAAAAUCCAAACCGUCUGCCUGCCAAAACAUGGAUCACGAGUCAGUCUAGGAACACAGUGUUACGUAACAGGUUAUUUAGCGUGAAAACUCAGCUUGUGGUGGGUCAUUCAAAUUAAUAAAGCUUGCUUUCUAUCUUGAGUCAGCACAAAACAAAAUUCUGAGACCACAACCACAAUCAACUCUAAAGAAAUCAGUAUUCUAAAAGCGGUAACAAUGAAAAGUGAAAGAAAAUUACGCUGCUUUCAUCGCUACACACUGACUUAGUGGUUUAAUUGAUCAGUUGAUUGAAUGAUUGAUUGACUAAAUCGGAGAAUGAUUGAAAAGAUGAUCAUCCGAUUAACCGUUUAAUAAAAUUGGUAUUAAAUGAAGUUCCAUUUUCUUGGAUGUUCACCGUCUCUAUUCAGGUUGGGGUAGGAUAAAUUCAAACACAAAUACACUUGCUCCUCGUCUUAAACAAGCUAAGGCUCCGGUAGCCAGUCACAAUACCUGCCGAAGUAAAAAUGGUGGCACAGUGGAUGAAAGCUCCAUGGUAUGCGUUGGAGGACAAGGAAGCAGCGUCUGCAACGGCGAUAGUGGCGGCCCCUUGUCAUGCUUUGAGGGUGGUCGCUGGUUUGUUCGCGGUGCAGCUUCAUGGGUAACGAGCCGUACUUGUCCCGGACACACCUUUUCCGUAUAUGCUCGUGUUAGCUCGUAUGUCAGGUGGAUCGAAAGUCACGUGGGUAAGUUGGCAACUACCCUAGCCCCAACGGAAAAUUUCCAAAACGUUUGCCCAACCCCACGAUAACGGACAUUUCACAUUUUUUUUCCUGUUUUGGGACGAAUCGACCACUUAAACCCUAGGAUUCACAGUUCUUCUCUCAUCCUAAUCCUUAUCGUUGUUAUCAUAAUUAUUGUGAUUAUCAUGAUACACUCCUAAUUACUGGCAGAGUGGGCCUAGAAGUUGACAAUUUACGUAAUGUAAUUAAUCAAGCGUAAGGUUUCUGCGACACCGUUUACGAAGAGGAUUCAUCAUGAUAUAAUGAAGGUCGAGAGUGUACUUUGUAUUAAUCCGCAAAUUUCCCUUCACCACAGGUAGUGGCGGAGGUGGCGGCGGUGAAGGCGGAGGAGGCGGAGGAGGAGGAGGAAGCGGUGGUGGUAAGUCUCGAAAGCUUUGCGAAGCAAAGAGCAGUGCAGUAGUUUUACUUUUGCACGUUCAGUUCUAGAAUAGUCAAACCAUCCUGUCUGCUACGAAGCUAGACAGAUCGCGACUUAAACACCUUCGUUUUCCUGCGCUCUAGGCAAUCUGCUUAGUUUACCUACCUAGGCUACCUAUUGUUCUGUUUUAGUUUAGUCAUCUAGGUGCUGAAUAGCUUUCAAACGAAACGCGAUCUUUUCAGUUAUGGAAGUAUGCGUUGAGUGCGUCGAAGGAUUGUUCAGCCUCGACCACGGCUGCAUAUCUUGCCCUUCUAUCUCCUUCACGCGUCUUUUCAGUCUUUUAGACGCAGUAAAUUCUUUUAUUUAAAACAUUUUCAUUUAACCAGGGUUAAAGUUAUUUUUUUGUGUUACCAUUCCAGGAUCUCGUCACACAGAGAAACUGUCCCAAUCACUUAAGCCAACUCGACAAAACAUUGAGUCAGUAGUAUCGUAGGUAAUGCUUACUUUCAAAGCCAAGGCACAAUGCAUUUUUCACUUGAGUUCAUCGCACAAACUUUCUGCAAAGGCUUUUGCUAGGAUUUCAAUUAUCCGUUUAAUCUCACUUCAGGUUUUUAGCUACAGUUUUGCAGUGAAAAGCGUUUUGCAUUGCUCUGCCUGAAAAAAGCCAAUAAAGCUAACAAUCUCCUUCACAGACGUUUAGAAACCUCACCUUCUCUUAAAACAAGCUGUCAUUUUGCCCUCCAUGAGAAUCUGCUUACAAUUUUUCUUUAAAUGCAGCAAUAAUUUAAAUCAUACAUUUCGAAACUGAUUAAAGGUAAAUGACGAUGUUUUGAUUUCAACAAAAAACUCACCCCAACUGGAAAGCAAAUUCCGUUUUCACAUGUUAUCAGCAGAAUUGGCCGACCCAAAUUUUUUUUCUUGUAAUGUCUUUUCUUUGCGAGUGAUCAGUGGCAAGUUCAUUGCCUGAUUAUUGAUCAGUAGUUUGAAACACAUUUUUAUAUUUCGUGAAGCUCGCUAAUUUAACAGGAUACGCGUAUGCACAGAUAUAAUUCAGAGUAACAAGAUUGCUAUAGGACAAGGGACAUGAUUGGUUAAUUGGGAGGUCGAGAAAACCGUUUAAGAAUUCUGAAAAGAAAGACGAAGACGAUUGAUGAAAAACGCACAUCAUCAGUUUAAGAGAUUACUCAUUGUUUGCCCAACAACGAUCUUUUAUUUGUAAACUAGGCUGAUGAACAAGCAACGCUAUGAAUGGUUUUGACCCAGCAUAGCUUUUAUUUUAUAUAUAUAUUGACAAAAAAAUCGGAGUCUUAAUUAUCCAGGAGACAAACGCAAGAAGCGAGGCUAUAUUCGUGUUCCACACCAUGAUAAAACUGAUUGGACUUAUUGCCUGUCAAUUAUGCAUUUUUUCGAUGACUAUUCUUUGUCUUCGAACACAUCAGAGUGACUUCAAUAAUUUGAAAAUAAUUCUUUGAUACAAAAAUAUCAUCGAGAUGUCCACGUCCAACAGAAAACUGAGACACAGCUGCCAAAAUAUCAAAGUAGUUCAAUAAAGGUGUAUGUUAUACUCGUUCGACUCAAGCUAGAUAAAUGUCUCACAACUGAUUUCCUAAAUAAAGAUUUUAAAGCUUCAACGUUGAUGUCAAAACAAGGCGUAUAGCACUGAAUGUAUUGGUAAAAGAAAGCUUUUUUGAUAGUUGAAAACGUCUACCUAUGGCUUUUUCUCACCAAAGAUGUUAUGAAUCAGGUUUACCAGCUAGCUAAACAUAGGUCAACCUAUAUUACGGGAUUAAGAUAUUUUCCUUUCCAUUUUCAAAAGUCAUUUCAACAUAUGAUUUGAAACCUACUUUCAGUGCUUCAAGAAUGGCCUCUUGAAUAAGAACAAAAAUUGUUUAUGUAAGCAAUUCGUAAAGUUGUCAUGUUAGAUGAGAUUUAUAAAGAGAACCUUACCAAGAUUAAAUUAGUUAUAUUCCCAAGCUUGUUUUGCAAUAGUUACCAUGGUUAGAGCUAGAAAAAUUUAUCCAGGUUAACCAGAUGGCUAAACUCAACAAGCAAAUCUCAGUCAAUCUGUGUUUGUAGCAUCUAAAUGUCUUCAGUAGACUUUUUAUUUCGGCUGAUACCUCAUGUCAUCGUGACAAAAAGCUUGACAUCUUCUUUGAUUUCUGAAAUUUAAUAGUUGUUAUUAGCUAUUAUCAUCAUAACAAAGAAUGUUUAAAAAAAAAGUCAUGGAAGUGACCAUAGCGGUUUAAAGGCUUUCAACCAGCUGUAUAAUUAUCUGAUGAAAGAAGUUAGAUAAAAGGAUAUGCAUCACGUCGUCCGAUCAAAAACCAUCGGCGAGAUGUUAAUCAUUGUUGCACUUUUGGUGGGCAUCUUUAUGCCAUCCCUCUCAAAAGGUGAGGUUAAACACAUCUCUUAUCCAUACAGCACAGCAAAUAAUUUAAGUUAGGUAUACAAGGUUAAAACGACUUUAUUCAUCAUUGCAUAUCUUCGUAUGAGCAAACAAUCUUCAAGUGAAGGAAGCUUUUGAUAUCUGUGAGGGAAAAGGAAUCUUUAACAAGACUUGCGCUUUGUAUAUGUUGUGGAAGGCUGCUCAUUCCGGCCUUACCUUGCGCAUAAGGAGCCACUUGAUCGAUCCAAAGCUUUGCUCGUCAGCUGGAGAAUUAACUUUCCUUAUAUGGUGCGUAGCAAGGUUGCAAUGAAAACUUCUGUAAUGGUGCUAUACCUUACUACAACAAUCACCUUCGGCUGUAAAAAUCAAUCCCGAAUCCAGGGAUUUUCUUUUUUUCAGAAAAUUAGCAACGAGAUUUCCAUUUCAUUUGUUACUUUGAAAAUUCUGAAAACAAGAGGCUUUUUUGUUGUAAUAGAGUUGUUUAAGUACAUCAAGUAUGUACGCGUGUAGUUAACGAUCUGUAAAAGCAUUAUCAAGCUUCAGUCAUGUUAGAGGUUUAUUAGAAGUCUGAAAACGGAAGAAAGAUCAUAUUGGUGGGGGACGGGGGGAUUCUAACGAGCCAAUGACUGGCAAUUUACAAUAUUCAGUGCUUGAUUGUCCCAAUAUCAUUCAGCCUCGGAAUUCAAGUUUAUUUCAUGUUUUCCAUACUUCACUGUUUAUCUCUUUCCUAAAAACUGAUUAACUGCAGAUUUAAAAUUUUCAAAUUUUGUGUAUUUUCCACAACUUAAACACUGGAUAAAAUCAAAACCGUGGGUUUUUAUUAUUAUUCGUUUCCAGGUUGUGCGGACAAACAUAGAAAUUGCGGUUCUUGGGUUUCUGCCAGGGGCAAUAUGAAGCGUAUAUGAAAAAAAACUGUCAGAAGAGCUGUAACCUUUGUGGUGGUGGUGGUGGCGGUGGAGGAGGAGGAGGAGGAGCAGGAGGAGGAGGAGGAGCAGGAGGAGGAGAAGGUAUUGUGAACAUUCUAAAAUAACUUGUUAUUAUAGAUUAAAUUUGUAAAAAAAAAUUAUCCAUCAUUAAUCAGUGCGAUUUAACCUUCUUUAUAUUUUCUUUUACUCUUGUCUCCCUAUAGUUUAUCUAUUUCUCCUUCUCCUCCUUUCACUUUUGUAAUCUUGCUGUAUGCGUUGUUGGAUUUCAUAUCGUUUUCUUUGUCUUCCUCUUGUUCCUCUUUUUCUUCUUCUUCUUUUCAUUUACUGUGCCUUCUUCCAGAAUGCAAGGAUAAAAACUUAAACUGUCCGCGGUGGGAAAGCAAAGGAUACUGCAAAGGCAAAUACGAACAGUAUAUGAAAGAAAACUGUAAAAUUGUAAAAACUGUAAAAUUUGCGGUGAUGGAGGCAGCGGCGGCGGCGGUGGAGGCGGCGGUGGUGGUGGAGGAGGAGAAUCACGAAAAUGUGGAUUUAAACCAGGCGCACGAAUUGUCGGUGGAAAUGAAGCCCCAAAGGGAGCUUGGCCAUGGCAAGCUCAGGUCAGGACGUCUUCUGGUUUCACCUUUUGUGGAGGAACUUUGGUUCAUCCGCAGUGGGUUGUAACAGCAGCUCACUGUACCUCGAAAAAAUACGCCUUCAGCAUUCAUGUUAGGUGAGGUCUCUUCCAGAUUCUUCUACCCAAGAAAUCAAAUCUAAUGCAAGGGUAAUUUCCACCAGAUUCUUACCCUGAGCAAGCCUUAUCCACCUAGUUAUCUUGACUAAUGAUUCAUUGUUCCAAAGGUGUUUAUGCGAGAAAUAUACGAAAUAAAAAGCCUAUUUUUUUAGAAUAAAGAAAGUAUUCAUUGAGAAAUGAUUGGAGAGGAGAUAUCUGAAAAAGAGUAUUCAUUUACCGAUUUCAAAUCUGAGUUGUUUCCAAUUUGUAGAGUUGGUGCUCACUAUCGCAGCGAGAACACUGGAGACGAGCAGGAUUUUCAAGUGGAAAGAAUCAUCAACCAUGAAAGUUACAAACGGCCACGCGGAAUGGCUCAUGAUAUUUCUUUGUUGAAAGCCGCUCAACUGAAUAGAAAAGUUGGACUGGCUUGCUUACCUGGGUCGAGUGAACAAGUUUCGGAGGGCAAGACUUGUUGAGUGACAGGUGAUACAAUUCAUUCCGCCAACUCGAUUGCCUUGAUAAGUAACUCUUGUUGAAGACGAUCAGCUUGUUCGAGGGAGCCACUUUUCCCCAUAUCAAAUGUAUAUACAUUGACCAAACUUUUAAAACCUAGACAUAUACAUUGUAUAUUUGUAUAUAUACAUUUUAUUUUCUUUGUCCAUUGUUAUUUGCCGUUUUUAACACAGAUUCUCUUAGUUAUUUUUGGUUUUCCUUUGAUUCAUUCUUGUAAGUUUGGAUUGACUCUUCUCAGGGGUGGCUAAAUGAUAUGUAAGCCCUGCAUAAUUUUUUUCCAUGUGGUUCCUUUCAGGA